AGUCAUAUCUGUUGAGAGAAGGGACAGGACAGAGGGAGACAGAAGUCUGAUCUUGAGUUAUCCAAAAGGGGCAGAAAGCACAGAAGAGGAGGACCUGAUCCAGGCUAGGAUUUAGGACUUGCAUGGAUUUUUAUUUGACACCUCAGGCUAAACGGUAGUCUUAAAGAGUGUCUUAAAGAGAACAGAUGUGAGGCGUGUUUGCUGUAUGAAGCAGGUUUAGCUGCCGUCUGCUGUGGUGUAUUUGUCUGCUUGUGUGUGUGUGUGUGUGUGUGUGUGUAUGUGUGUGUAGAUGUGUGUCUCUGAAGGCAAAGCUCUUUGACAGCAGCACAAACCCGGUAUAACACAGUGGUGUGCCUCUCCCUCCCACAAUACUUGACUCUAAACCUCACAAGCCGGCGAGUCAUAUGAUGUUAAACCCAGCAGGGGUUUGGUUCCAUUUUGAGCAACAGCCAAGAGUGUGACAUACUUCAGGACUUCAUCUUGAUGCGACCAUAAAAAUUGUCAUCUUUCAUGCAUCGCCGGACGUUUUAUAGCAAUGCAGCAUUUUUGUGGCACAACAUUUUUCACCAAAGCCCUCAAAAAUCCAGACCACUGAACUGACUGACUCACUAAUGGAGGAGGAAAACUUGUGCUCCUCUCUCACUGAAACCAGAGAUCCAGUCCUUCAUCAGCCUCAGCAAACCUCCACAGACCACCGGUACCUCAAUGGAGACCAGGAGGCUGUUGUGUGGGGCAACACAGAGGUGCAGAUAAACCAGGCACAAGGCUCAGAACUACUGUCCCCCAAAAGAGACCAUGAGACUCUUGAGGAGACGGAGCAGUGGAAGGAAAUAAUAUGGCCAAUACACCCCAUGAGCUGUACCGCUGCUCCUCUGUUUUGCGCCACAGUGCAGUGGGACAUGCCUGAUCCUUCCACAGAGACGCCUUCACUUAUGACUGACAGCUUCUUGGCCAAUGAGACGGCCUGUGAUGGCACCAUGACAUAUUUAGGCACCAGUUCUCUCUCACUUCAUUCUCAAGAUGCUAACACUGAGCAGCUUUUCAUACAGGGGGAGAGAGAGGAACAAGAUGGAUUUGAUUCACGGCUGCUGUUGUACUCAGAACUUGAAUGUACAGGAAACGACUCAGAGCCAUGUGACACUGUAGAUGUGCAAGAGCGAGCAACACAGGAAGAGGAAGAUUCAACAAACAGGCUGUUAGACAGUAAUACUGAAUCCUCACACAGUACGGAUGUUGAAGAAGACGAGGCGCAUGCAGUUAAACCAGAUGCUGUUGACACUGUGGACUUGACUUGUACUCCAGUUGAGACUGAAAGCACUGGGACAGGGUUGGACAUCAUCGCAGCUUUAAGGCCAGAAGAGGAAGAAGAGGAGCCUGAUGUUUUGCUGAGUGGACAGGCUGAGUCAGAGGAAGAGCAGACUUUAGCAAAUGGUGAUGACAUUGAAGAAGAGAACAAGGAAGGAAAUGAAGUAGAAGAGGAGCAGAUUGUGUCAGAAGAAAUCGAAGAGGCCGAUUUUACUGUUUGUCAGAGUGACACGGAGGUUCCUGCAGAGUCAAUCACUGAUGAAACUGGACUAACAAUAAAUCCAAUUCCUGUGGAGUCUUUGAAGGAUAGCCAGCACCUAAGAAACGAGACUGAAGAGGCUACGGAUAUUCCUCAGCAGCUAUAUGAAGAUCCCACAGAGGAGCCAGAAAUGUGUGAGGAUAUGAUUCAGGAUGUGGACCCUGAACAGUCCCAUACAGUGGAACAAACAGACAGUGAUGAAGAACCAAUGCAGGCAGCAGAAGACACUGAGAUGCCAGAGCUAACUAAAAAACAUGAGCAGAAAGUGUGUUUAGAAGAAGGCAGUGCUCAAAUGAUUGUGACCUCACAGUACACAGAGGCAUCACCACAGUUUGAACACUUUGAGUCCUACCAGGUCCAAGCAGAAGUGGAAUCACAAGACUCUAAGGGGCCAGAACAGGAAAUGACAGAACAGUCCACUCAACCUGAAGCUGAAGAGUCUGACGUGGUAGAACAGCAAGAACAGAUGGGACCAUCAGAGGUAGAUGAGCAGUCACUGCUAACAGCCAACCCUCAGGCAACUCUCUCUGAGCAGUCUGGAAAAGACCCUGAAAAGAUAGAUGAGUCAGAAAUAACAGAGCAGCUCCCUCCUGAAACUGUGGACACACAGCCAGCUGUAGAGGAUGGAUCACUUCAGGAGGGAACACAGGAGGUUUCAGAUGAGAGUGAACAGGCAGGUUACAGAUCUGGACAAACAGAUGUGGCAAAUGAAGAGCAAACCAUCCCCCUAGAGAUGGCAAUCCCACACAUAAAUGGAGCAGAUGUGGACAGAGAAAAGGCCUGUCGCCUGGCUGAGAGGCUUUUUAAGCUGGAUGACGUCCAACGUGUGGAUGUGGUGAAGCACUUAGACAAAGAUAAUAACUUCAGUCGUGCUGUUGGGGAGGAAUACUUGAAAUUCUUUGACUUCACUGGGCAAACUCUGGAUCAUGCCCUGAGGUCUUUUCUGAAAGUGGUAGUACUGAUAGGAGAGACUCAGGAGAGAGAGCGAGUGCUGCAGCAUUUCUCCUGCCGCUUCCACGAGUGCAACCCAGACACUUUCUGCUCUUCAGGUGCUGUGCUAGCGCUUACAUGUGCUCUGAUGCUUCUCAACACUGACUUGCAUGGACAGCAUGUUGGAAAAUCCAUGUCUUCUUCUAAGUUUGUGUCCAACCUUGAUGGCAUGAAUGACGGUGAAAACUUCAGCAAGGAUCUCCUCAAAAGUCUUUACAACUCCAUAAAGAGCGAGCCACUGGAGUGGGCUGUGGAUGAGGAGGAGUUGAAGGGCUCUGUGCUGUUGGACGAUGAUGCAGGAGAAGAUGCACCACUGCGCUCAAAAGCCAACCCCUUCCUGGAUGUUCCACAUGACAAAGAGGCCUCGGUUAUCAAAGAGGGAUUCCUCCAGAGAAAACUUCAUGCUGACAUCGAUGGCAAACGCACUCCAUGGGGUAAGAGAGGUUGGAAGAUAUUUAACGGAGUGUUGCGUGGAAUGGUGCUUUACUUACAGAAGGAUGAUUACAGGAAGGAGCAGCAGAUUAAUGAGGAGGUGGUGAGUGUACAUCACUCUCUGGCAGAGCAGGCAGCCGAUUACACCAAGAAGCCACAUGUUUUCCGUCUGCAGACUGCUGACUGGAGGGUAUUCCUAUUCCAGGCCUCAUCCAAAGCGGAGAUGCUUUCGUGGAUUAACCGCAUCAACCUGGCUUCAGCUCUUCACUCGUCACCUCCGUUCCCUGCUGCUGUCGGCUCCCAGAGGAGGUUCUGCAGACCCAUCCUCCCAGCAUCGCAGUCCGCUCACACUCUGGACCGUCAGCUGCAGUUUCACACACGGAUGCUGGAGUCUUUCAGGGCUGACUUAUCGCACCUGCAUCAAAAUCCACCAGAGGGCAGAAAAGUCAAAGCCAAGGAGCUGGAAGAGCAUCGUGUCAGAGCCGAGUACCUACAGCAUGAGAUGUGCCGUUACGAGAUCUACAUUCAGGUGCUGGAGGCUUGGGGGAGCGUAAAGAAUGAUGACGACGGUCUGCUCAGCAGCACAGACCUCAACCUGUUCGACAAAAGCAUGUGUGUGGACUCUGAAGGGGAGGAAGCAGAAGAGGAAGGCGGCCUGAAGAAGUCCCACUCCAGCCCGUCUCUGGAGCUGGAGUUGGCUCCUCCGCCUACAAUCAAAGUCAAACGCAACAUCUCUGAACGACGGACUUAUCGCAGACCCAUCAUUCCCAGAUGGAAUAAAGAGGCUUGACAAGAGGUUUCCUUAGUGACAACUGAACCGGUUUAUGGAAACAUGAGCUGAAAGAAGAUUAGUCUUAAGUAAGUGAGCAAAGAAACACCAAAGUUACAUCACAAAUAUGUUUUAAUUUGUUUUUGAGUUAGAUUUUUGUCUUUGGCACUUUUAUUAGAAAAAACCUCAGGGAAUUUGGUACCAUUAAGCUCUGAGAUUAUGAGAGAAUCUGGCUCACUUUCUGAGGAACUUAAAUGUCUGCGUGUAACUUAUUUUAUUUCACAGUUGCUCUUGGAAUAGGAUAGUCUUCUUUUUAGUAUUUGACAAAAACUGUGCCUUUAACUUGUAAACCACUAGGGGGUGCUGUAAUACAGGACAUCUGAGUGAACAUUAGAAGAGAAGAUGUGCUGUCUGGUUCUUUUAAACAUUUUAAAAUCACCCCUAAUUGCACUUUUUAAAAGUGAUAUGUUAGUUGACAUUGAUGUUAAUUUGUGCCAGUGAAUAUUCUGUUUUUAUGUUUAUAUGAAGGGUUCAUUUCCCAAAUCUUACUGUACCUAUGUUGUCUUUUUGCAAAAAAUAAAACAUUGCCUGUGCAUUGUUUGUGUCUAUAAAGACUUGUACAUAUGCAUAUAC